ACAAAUUCAUUCAAAUGUAUCAGCUUUUUCUAUACACACACAAUUAACAUUCACUGUACAGUGGAAAUUUAAGUUACAUAUACUCUAUGUCAAGGGAAAAGCAACUACAGUGUAGCACAGAAGUAGCUUACAGUUGGCUUUGACUAUGACCCUAUAGUUGCAGGUUAGCUUUGUAAACAUUUAGAAAAAUGUAACAUUUUUUAUUAUGUCAUUCAUUGGAAAUGGCUAAAUGAUGUACAAAAAUAUAGCACCAUAGCUAAAAGCUAACCAAGAAGAUGUCUUUUUUAGGGUUUAUUAAAAUACACAGUGUACACAGUACAUCACAAAAAAAUGAUUUAAAAAAACAUGUGCCAUGAUCAUCCCAAGAGCCAGAUUUUGAACAUGCCUGCAGUAUAGGAAUGUGUGUGUGUUUGUACAGAAGCAGUUCUAGUGAGGCGGAUAAAGGAGCAGAUCGGUUGUCAUGCACAUCCAAGAGUUCUGAUCAUCCAUAAUAGAGGGAGCUUCAUCGUCCACUAAUUACCUGGAGCAACUGCCCUGGCUCUACUGCAACCUGAGCUUCUGCAGGACCUGGCUCACCUCAAACCACCCAACACUGCCAACAUCUUAACAAAGAUGAUCUUCAAGAGGAUGAGACAUGGUUCUUUCCAAAUACUCAUGGCCUACAUUUUAGUAAAUAAUGUAAUCCUGCCAGUCCAGUACACACCAGGAGGCUCAAUCUCAGAUUUAAAAAAAAAAAAGGUCACUGGGCCAAAGUACUAAUCCUGCGUCUUCCUCCAUCAUCACUUAUUGCAGCAGAACUUCUCACCUUUCCUCCACAGGCAUUUACCAACUGUGCAGGGGGCAGCAACACAACAUCAUGCCGUGCCAGGUGAAGCUUAAAUUAUUCAGGUACCACUUUGUGUGUGUGAUGGUGCAUGCCGGGUUCACCUUUGUCACUGGUGGUGGGUGGGGGGUUCAUUGUUUUGUGGUUUCUGGGAAAACCUCAUACACAAACUUGCAUAGGAUAUCAUGUGAUUAUUGGCUCUGUGCACCCCCUCCACCAGUGUGGCGUUAGUGGGUGGGAUAUCGUUGUUUGUAACUCCCCCCUGGUUUACUCAUUUGUAUCAGUGACACCAGCUCCUGAGGACAAGCCGGAGCACCUCAGCAGCCCCCCAGCCAUGCCUGUCGCUGUUCACCUGAGAAGCCUGGUAAGCUAUAUUACACUAAAAUGAGCUCUCACUGCCUAAACCCCUGGGGCGCUCGGGCUGCACGGCAACCAUUUAGACAGCAUCUAAAGAUAAGGUCUAAAAGGCUGGAGAUUUAACACAAAGAUGAUGUUUUGUGUCUUCACUUAAUGAGUUAAAGAUUUCUACAAUUAAUAUUUGAACAGCUUGUUCAUAUGACUUUAGCUUUUUUUUGAAGUUUGAGUUUAAAGAUUUACGUCAACAGGACGUUCUAACUAUUUCACUUGUGCUUUUUCUAUAGAUAUUUUAAAGUGACAAAAUAAAAUGGGCAUUGAUGGCUCCGUCCAGAAGACAACCUAGAACCACUGCUACAAAACAGAAGGAAGAGGUGGCCAAGAAAGGAAAGCUACAGAAAAAUGUAAGGCAAACCAGCUCCAAGGGAUCUCAACCUCCACCCAAAUCCCAGAAGGGAAAACAAAAGCAAGGUGAGAAUGUAACCAGUCAAGAAGACAAGGAUGGUGAUAAAUUGAAGUCUAAUAAACGACAGGGAGCAAAUGCUUUACCCCCACCUAAAAAACAACUGAAUAAGACUCCCAAAGUGAAAGCCCAAGUAAAGGCAGCCCCUGUGAAACCACAGAGCGGCAGAAACAAGCUUCCUGCCCAAGGUGGAAACACGAGAAGUGACCAUGAGACAGAAAGUGAUGAGGAAUCAGAGAGUAGUGAAGAAAGCUCAAGUGAUGCAAGUGAGGAGGAGAGAGAAGAAGGUAGUAGUGAAGAGGCAGGUGAGACGCAGAAGAGCGAGCAGAGUGAUGAGGAGGAGACGGAGGCAUCAGGGACACAAAGGGACUCUGAACACACAGCACAUGAGGAAUCAGACAAAGAGAACGCCAGGAGUGACUCUGAGGAGGUGACAUCAGCUGCAGAGGAGAAGUCGGAAGAAUCUCGGACUGUAAGCAGCGAAGGUUCCGAAGAUGAAGAGAUAAUCCUGAAAAAGAAAUCUGAGAAACCUACGGCUGGUCAGAGCAACAGAAGACACAGACGUACUCCACGUCCCUCUAGACCUGCACCAGCACCAAAAUCCAAUAUGGUUAAAAAGUCACGGGCAGAAAAGCAGGCAGAGAAGGCAGAACAGCAGAGGGCCAAAGCCGAGAAGAAGAGAUUGGAAAAGGAAGCCAAACGUAGAGCCAAAGAAGACAAAAAGAAACCAGAGAAAAGGGACAACGUGGCUCCUGGGAAAGACCAGACCAGACCUGGAGUUGGUCUUUCCCUGAAGAACAUUGAUGCUGGAAAAAGUAAGACCUUGUUAACAAGUAGAAUUAAACAUUUUAACAAGAAGGAUCCUCCAGUAGAACCUGGUAUAGAAGAGGAAGAGAGUGAUGAUGAUGAAGCACAGGAGGAGGAAGACGAUGAACCCACGUUGACAAAAGCCCUUAAAAAGCAAAAGCCAAUAAGUCUUUUCAAGGCCAAAAAGAAAGACCUGAAAGAUGUUGUGGAACCUGAAGAACCUCGGGGUUCAGCACAGCCACAGAGUCUUCUUCUGCGUAAGGUGAAGUUGAAACAUCUUAACAACAAAGCAACCAACGAAUUAGAAAAUACAGAUGUGGAAGCGUCAACAAGCGCGAUGGCUGGUGCUGAGUCCAACAAACUGAAAGAAGGUCUUAUGGCUCAAAAGAAGUCUAUGUCAACUCUCCACAAAAUGUCAGGAUGGAUUCAGAAGAAGAUGCGAAGGGAUUUGAACUUCAGAAAGAAGCUUUCUGCUUGGACCAAAGCCAUCGGCGUGUCUCACUGGCUGACCCUCCGUGCCAUAAAACAAAAACAAGGCACCAAAAAAACCAAAGGAAAUUUCCUCAAACACCGGAUGGCUAUGAGGGUUGCCAGUAAAACCGGCCUUACCCAAAGGAAAGACAAGAGCUCCUCGGAAGUCAAGGUGGCCGAGGAAAAAGAUGGCACUGAUGUUGAGGCAACAGUGGAAGACGAAGUACUGGGGGAGGAGAAAGAGGUAGAAGCCAAAUUUGCAGUAGUGCUCCCCAGGAUGAACAGAAUUGGCAAGAUAAAGACAGCUGCGGUGGCACCAGGAGCUCCUGCACCUUCAACACCACAAGACAACACAGAGUCCGUAGGAGAGACCACCACUUCAGGAGCUAAACCUCCAAAACCAGGUGCUAGGCUUGUGCUCCCUGUCAAACCAGAUCUCAGCAUUCUAAAGUCCAUCAAGAAACCACUGGUGGGGGCAUUAACAGCAGGCGGGGACGUGUCAGUAGGGGUUCCUGGGUCAAGUGCUGCAUCUGAAGGACUGUCCAACCACGAGGACAGAGGCAGGAGGCCCGUCCUGGACAAUGGGAAUCGGAGCAGUUUAAUACAAACGGCAAGGGGGAAACUGGACCCUUCUCUGAUCCACCUGACUAAGAAAUCUCCUUCAGGAGUAACAAUUGGUAGUGGGCUAAAUCAGACCAGAAAAGCAGAGUCAGAGAGAGAGGAUGCACCAUGUGGAAACACUCAGUCCUUGUCUAAUGAGGAAACAAAUGGGAUGGUGCCAGGUGUCUGCCCUCUGUACGAGGAGGAGACGGACCGAGAAGUGGCCCAACUUAUGGGAGUGGGCAGCAUUCACACGAUCACCCAACCGGAGGUGCACUGGGCUGGAAACCCAAGGAUGAGUGGAGAUCCUCAGGACUGGCUGUGUGCAGAGAAGCUGUUACCUCACCAGACGGUGGAGAAGCUAAACAAGUGGACGGACUAUGACAAUGGGGGCCAGGUCAACAGCAGGGCCCCCUGGGAAUCAGAAGACCCCACCCAGGAGAUGUUAGAGAGACGAGUCGUCAGCACACAGGUUAAGAUGCCAAGUAGCAAGGAAAUUGUAGAGGUGGACGAAGUAGAGGAUCUGUCACAGUUGCAGGAGGUCUGUGAGAGUUCUGUGCUUUUGAAUCUGAAGAAGAGGUUUGACCGUGACUGUAUUUAUACCUAUGUUGGAAACAUACUUCUGUCCAUGAACCCAUUUAAAGUCCUCAACAUUUACACAGAGGACCAGAGAGAGAGAUAUCAGGGGAAAGCACAGCAGAAAAACCCACCUCAUGUAUACGCCAUGGCUGACAUUGCCUUCCAUGAGUCUCAGGCCUCCACACAGGAGCAGUGCAUCAUUAUAAGGUACUGA